AUGGCAUUUCCAAAAAAGAUGCUUGCGCGGUGUGCAUUGCGACGCUUCUCGGAGCUCACGAGUUCGAGCCGGAGCCGGCGCCACGUCAUCGCGGCCCUCGUCGUGAACCAGACGGGCUGCCUCGCCGAGAUCGCCAACCUCUUCGCGGCCCGCGGCUACAACAUCGACAGCCUCGUCGUCGGGCGCACGGACGUGCCCGAGCUCUCGCGCAUGAGCGUCGUCGUGCAUGGCACGGACCAGAACGUCUGGAACAUGAAGAAGCAGCUCGAGGACGUCGUCCAGGUUGCUGCCGUCAAGAUCCUCACGGGCCAAGAAGCCGCGGGCGAGAACGUCAUCGAGCGCGACCUCAUGCUCGCCAAGGUCUCGACGCACCUUCCCGGGUCGCGCUCGGAGGUCGCGGAGCUCGCGGGCCUCUUUGACGCCAAGGUGAUUGAUGUGACGUCGGCCCAGGUCAUGGUGCAGCUGGCAGGCACGCCGCCCCGCAUCGAGGCCUUCCUCGAGCUCCUCAAGCCCAUGGGUAUCACGGUCGAGAUUGCGUUCCAAGGCGCCAACGACGGCGUGAGUACCGUCGACGACGACGACAUGGACAUUUCCAAGCUGCCGCCGGGCUAG